UCUAAAACGUCACGUUUCUCUCACAUCCCAACGGUCCCUGUUCAUCAUUACUGUGAGGCCAGAAUCGUCUCCAAGAUACGCCCUCCUCAUCUGCGUCGCCUCGCGCCCGCGCCCAAGAUCCUGCGACCCUGCGACCUUGCGACCCGGCACCAGGCAGCGGGCCUCGUGCUGUGUAGCUACUGCGUAGUUGCGCGAUGAAGUUCAAUCUUUUCCAUAUACUCGGCGACGUGUCGCACACAUCGUCGAAGCUCAUACUGAUAUGGGCCAUACAUUCCAAUAGCAGCGCUGAAGGUGUUUCUCUUAUCACACAAGUCCUCUACGCUCUCGUUUUCAGCACGCGCUAUCUCGACAUAUUCACAUCGUCGGCGACAAGCGAUAUUUGGCAUACAUGGAAUUUCUCUUUGAAGAUAUUCUACACCCUAUCGUCAUUGUACAUCAUCUUUCUGAUGACCAGCGUAUACGCACGCACAAGGGAACGGGAGAAGGCAUGGAAGCUCGGCAUGUACUGUCUGCUGGGUAGUGUUGUCGUCGCACCCUUCUGGUUCCUGGCAUUCAAGAAAUGGGUCAUUGGCCACAGUACAUUUCUGAGGUUUCUUUGGGUAUUUUCCGAGAUUCUCGAAUCUGUUUGCGUCAUCCCACAGCUAUUGCUCCUCCGCCAAACAACUGUUCCUACAGUCGUCGACUCGUUUUAUCUAGUUGCUUUGGGUACUUACCGCCUCAUGUACGUUUUGAACUGGAUCGUUCGCAGCACCAGCGAAAAAGGCUAUAUUGACCCCACGAGCUGGGUGUGGGGCUCCAUUCAGACAGCUCUGAUAGUCGACUUCGCAUGGGUUUACUACACAAGACAACGUGUCAAGUUGCGACGAGGCGGUGUUGUAGAUUCAGAAGAUCUAAGUCGCGGUUGGCUGGUUGGACGUUUCGUUGGCAACAAGCACGUCGACUUCGAUUUUGAUGAAGAAGCUGCUGCAGGCCACACUCAAGACGAACACCCACAGAAGAAGUGGGGCAGACGUGGUAUUUCUGUUUCCGCGGACGAGGGUAUCGAGGGAGCACCCCGCAGGAAGACGCGUGGUGCGAACCCAGAAUCACAGCCUCUGGCGGAUCCGGCGGCGUUUGAGGACGAGAGUGACGAUGAAAGUCCACUUGUCGCGUCUGCUCCAUCUUUAGCUGCUCAUGACAGCGGUGUGAGGGGAGACGAGUGGGACGAUGAUGUGGAUGAUGAUGCGCGGGAGCACACUGGUGCUGCGAGAUGAAUUUCGAGCAGAUUUUGAAAACAAUGUGAUCAGGAGCCUGGUAUCGUCUACAUGAUCUACACCCUAACUAUGUCUUGCUAGCGAAUCUACACAGUUCAAUUGAAUCUUCAGCAUCGUGUAGGCUGUACCUAGCCUCAUCAAUGUCGC